UCUGAUAUAUUAUUAUUUUUUUUUGCCCCCACCACCUCCGCCGUUCCGCUUCCCCGGCCCGAAUCAUCAUCCCCCAAUCUAGUUCGUGUGCGCUGUUGUGCGGUGUGGGAUUUCGCGGUGUCGUAUUGGAUUCGAUAUUGGGUUGGUUGGUUGGCCUCGUUUGCUGUUUUGAUUGUUGAUUUUCUUCUCCUCUAAUAACUGCACGCGCUGAUCGUUUCUGUACCUGCGACAUGGAUGAGAUGUCCGCAUUUUUUUUUGUUCGUAAUUGGGGAGGGGAAGCUAGCCGUAUAGCCGAUUGUUAGUAUGUUUUGAUCCGCAUUUGCGCAUUGAUCGGAGAUGAUAGUUUUCUCAUGUCACCUUUCUGUUUUUUUUUCCUUUACUUCUUUCGCGCAUAUGAUUGGCUUGAAUUCUCCUGCACUAGCGGUUACCUGAUAAAAAAAAAUUCUGCGCGUACGGAGCAUCGGAAUGUGAAUUUGGGGACCAUCGGUGGCAUCCGAAAUUUGUCAAUAUAUAUACACUAGUAUGUGUUAAUCUUGAACUUUUACAUGGUGAAUUGCUCUAGCCAUUUGCUCCAUCCAUCCAAAGUAGUAUCACUGCACUUGCCUAGUAUUUAGCUGCUUCGUGUGGUGAUUGGUGAAUGUGGGCAAUGACUAGGAGGACUUGGGGUUAUUUGGUAUGGAAUCCAGUACUGGAUAGCUCACUGUCACUGGUGGCCAGUAUGCAUAUUCAUCAUGGAUUGUGGUUAGCUUUUUCCAAAUCUGCGGCUUGUCAGAUCUGCCUGUAUUAUAGUUAUUGUACAGCUUUAUGUCUGGGGCUCUUUCGCGCCGUUGGGACCUCAAAUUCUCCAAUGCAAUCCAAGUCGCAUGAUGGUCCAAGACCAGCGUGCCCCACUGCCAUGUGCUUAACAACCACCUUCUUCCUGAGAUCGACUGGACAAGGAAGCAUAAUUGUACUGAAUUCUCGUGUUAUUACGUCGGUUUAAGGUGAAAAAUCUUGCUUGAGAUGCUUCUUUAAGGUGGAGAUUCUGCUUAGCUGUACAGCUGUUGAGACAAGCUGGAGAUCAGUUAUUCAUUUGAUGUCCUAUCACUUGUUCAAUGUUAUGAAGUUAUGAACAUGGGCUUCUUAGCGUUUUACUCUGGGUGCAGUGUAUCAAGUUUCUAGUGCACUAAACAACCUUUGAGAUGGGUACUGUAGAGAAUAUGGAAGGGAGAGAAGAGCGUUCGACUGAUGUGGAACGGGAUGGUAAACAAGGAAAAGAAGUUGAAUCGGACUAUGAACCAGCUAGAGACUCUGUUUCAUCUCAGGGUGAGGCUAACAGCAAUGAAGAUACCAGAGCCAAAAGAGUCUCAAGGGUUCCAAAGAAGCUAGUGAAGAAAGAUUCAAAGGAAAACAGCCCACGCUCAGGCAGAAUUAAUUCCAAUCGCCAAGUGCAGACUAAGCUGCAAUAUAUAUCGUCAAACAAUUUGCAGAGCAAAUCUCCAAAGCCAAACAAAACAUCUGAUGGUGCUAAAACCAUUGAGAUAACAAAGCCAGAUACAGUGACAGUUCCUUCUUGUCCUUCAUCUGAGGUGUCUGAGGAGAUGGAUGAUAAACCCAUUGAGAAUAUAGUGACGGAUGAUAAAUCCAUUGAGGAUGUAGCUGAUGAUAAGGCCACUGAGGGCACGGCCUCUUAUGAUAAGGCCACUGAAGGAAAAGCUGCUGAUGAUACGACCGUUGAGGACAACACCACUGAUGAAAGGAGCAUUGAGAGUGGCACUGAUGAUAGGACCAUUGCGGGUAUAGCAGCUGAUGUUAAAUCUAGUGAAGAGGCAAAGGAGAUUGAUAUAUUGGAUGAAGCCCCAAAUUGUGAUCAGAGUACUGCUACUGACGAGGAAAUAGCUGAUACUGAAGAAAGCAUAGCUUAUGAUGGUAAAUCAGCUGCAUAUGAAAAGAGUGAGGAAUUAGAAUCUAAAUGUGAAAGGUUGGAGCAGGAACUUCGAGAAGUUGCUGCCCUUGAGAUUUCUCUUUAUUCAGUAGUGCCAGAGCACGGUUGUUCAUCGCAUAAAUUGCACACACCAGCUCGGCGUCUGUCCAGGCUAUAUGUUCAUGCAUCAAAGUUUUGGUCCUCUGAUAAGAAAGCUUCUGUCACAAAGAACUUCGUUUCUGGGCUUGUCCUUGUUGCAAAGUCUUGUGGAAAUGAUGUUUCAAGGUUGACAUUCUGGCUAUCAAACACCGUUGUCCUAAGAGAGAUCAUUGCACAAACAUUUGGCAUUACACGCCAACCAAGUCUUGCUAUGAAGGCUUUCAGCACAAAUGUUAAUGCAAAGAUGCUCGGUAAGAACUCUUCACCAACGCGGCGGAAAAACAACUACAGUGGCAAGCAUGCUAGACCUGCUAUCUGGCCAUUACCUGAUGAUUGGCGGGAAACUGGUACACUCGUGGCUGCACUGGAGAAGAUUGAAUCAUGGAUCUUUUCUCGGAUUGUUGAGUCAGUGUGGUGGCAGGCAUUGACACCCCACAUGCAAACACUGGUGAAAGAUAUAUCAAGUCCAAAGGCUGGGAGUUUGUUGGGACCUGCUUUGGGUGAUCAGCAACAAGGGAACUUCUCCAUUCAUCUUUGGAAAACUGCUUUCCAAGAUGCCUUCAGCAGAAUAUGUCCUCUUCGUGCUGGUGGACAUGAGUGUGGAUGCUUACCAGUGUUGGCAAAACUGGUGAUGGAGCACUGUGUAGCUCGUUUAGACGUUGCUAUGUUUAAUGCAGUCCUGCGUGAAUCUGCAAAUGAAGUACCAUCUGAUCCUAUAUCUGACCCGAUUGUCGACUCAAGAGUUCUACCGAUUCCAGCUGGUGACUUCAGCUUUGGAUCAGGUGCACAGCUGAAGAACUCGAUCGGAAAUUGGUCCCGAUGGUUGCAAGAUAAGUUUGGCAUGGUUGCUGCUGCCCCUGAGAAGCAUGGUCAAGCAGGAGAUGAGAGUGAUGACAGAAGUGGUGCUGCUGAUUUUUAUUCUUUCAAGCUGCUCAACGAGUUAAGUGAUCUUCUGAUGCUCCCAAAGGACAUGCUUCUUGAAAAGUCCAUCAGGAAGGAGGUCUGCCCUUCUAUUGGCAUUCCACUGGUAACAAGGAUACUCUGCAACUUCACUCCUGACGAGUUCUGUCCUGAACCUGUUCCUGGAAUGGUUUUAGAGGAGCUGAAUGCCGAGAGCUUGCUGGAGCGCUUCACGGAGAAAGAUGUGAUCACCACAUUCCCCUGCGUCGCGGCUCCUGUUGUCUACUGCCCCCCUUCACCGGAGGAUGUCGCGGAGAAAGUAGCAGACGCAGGCGGGAACGCGGAGCCGGACCUGAGGGCCUCCAUGGUGCAGAGGAGAGGGUACACCAGCGACGACGACCUGGACGACCUGGGCAACCCCCUGGCGUCCCUGUACGACAGGAGCUCUCCACCCUCACCCUGCAACGGGGCCUCUCGUUCGACUACACGGCAAGGUGGCUCUAUGUCGAACGCGAGAUACGAGCUCCUGAGAGAAGUAUAUGGUCGGAGAGGCCUGGUUUGAGUAACCAGUGAAAGUGUGGAACGGAAGACGAAAAGAGAGCCUCUUGGUCUUGGGUUGCAGAUUUGCUGUGAGGUGAACAAGGGGUUGGAAAUUGGUCGGGAAGGAACUGCUUUGCAACAGACGCUGAAUGAACGAACAGCACUUGGAUAUCCUCAUGGCAAAAUGCUAGAGUGUUUAGAACCCAUCCCCCCAUUCUUCUCAUGUAUAUUUGCAUUUUGAUUCUGUUGAAGUGAUUGGUUCACUCUUGGCAAAAGGGGAUAAAUUUAUUUGUUGGUGGUAGUGAGGAGAAAUUUUAGUGAGUGGUCAGAGUGAGCGUGACUUCUGCGUCAGCCAUCGUUCGAUGGGCCGCCUAACUGAUCACAAAUAGGAAUAAGUUCAACUGGCGUCCCUCAACUUUACAGUUUACAUCGAUUUUUUUUUGACA